GAGCUGGAGAAGACCGCGCGGCGCUCCCGGGGACCAUGGAAGGGCCCGUGAGAGUGAAAACCUGGGUGGAAGGAAACCGCACCUCCUUCCUGCCCCCAGUCUGCAACAAGCUCCUGCACCAGGAGCAGCUCAAAGUCAUGUUUGUCGGGGGCCCCAACACCAGGAAGGACUAUCACAUCGAAGAGGGGGAGGAGGUGUUUUACCAGCUGGAAGGUGACAUGGUUCUCCAAGUCCUUGAGCAAGGCAGACACCGAGACGUGGUCAUUCGGCAGGGAGAGAUAUUCCUUCUGCCUGCGGGGGUCCCCCACUCACCGCAGAGGUUUGCCAACACGGUGGGGUUGGUGAUAGAGCGGAGGCGGCUGCGAACCGAGCUGGAUGGGCUCAGGUACUACGUGGGAGACACCACGGACGUCCUGUUUGAGAAGUGGUUCUACUGUGAGGACCUCGGCACACAGUUGGUGCCCAUCAUCCAGGAGUUCUUCAGCUCUGAGCAGUACAGAACCGGAAAACCCAUUCCUGACCAGCUGCUCAAGGAGCCGCCGUUCCCCCUGAGCACACGGUCCAUCAUGGAGCCCAUAGACCUGGACGCUUGGCUGGAUGGCCACCGCCAAGAGCUGCAGGCCGGUGCAUCCCUCAGCCUGUUCGGGAACACAUACGAGACCCAGGUGGUGGCCCACGGACAAGGCAGCAACAAAGGCCUGAGACGGAAUGUGGACACGUGGCUGUGGCAACUGGAGGGCUCCUCCAUGGUGACAAUGGGGGGACAGCGCCUAAGCCUGGCCCCUGAUGACAGCCUCCUGGUGCCAGCAGGGACAUCGUACAUGUGGGAGCGUGCAGAAGGCUCCAUGGCUCUGUCUGUGACCCAGGACCCCACCUGCAAGAAGCCCCUGGGGUGAGGGAUCUCUACCCCUAUAGGAUGGACGUGUGCCCCAUCUGUGCCAAGUAACUCUGCCAGCCCCCACUGCUUCUCCAUGCCCCUCCAAGUCACAUGCAACCACAGGGAGACCAGGCCUGGAUGCCGCUGUCACUCAGCUUUCUGCUGUGCCCCUUUUCCUCCAGCAGCCCUCAGCAGCCCGAUGUCCCACCUCCCUCCCAGCUGGGGGCUCUGUCCCCAGCCUGUCUGGUUGUUGUUACUGCCCCUCUGCCCACCAGGCUCCGGACAGCACCUCACAGCCAUGGGGUGGGGAGGCGGCAAUAAAAGCUUCCUGGGAAAUGAA